UCUCUCUCUCUCGUGCCAGUUAAUUUGCUUGCACCUCUUGUUAGGUUACAAAAUUGAUCAUAUUUACAAGGCUGCCACUGCCGUGGAAAAGGACACUUUCUUCUCGAACCCCAAGCUUUCUUCCAUUCUUCGUUCGCGUCCAUCUAUCAUCGUCGGCCACCUCCUCUUCGCGCAGGUUUGCCAGCUUCUAGUCAAGUGAAAUGGCCGCACAUAAGGUUGCUCAUGCGACUCUGACGGGUCCAAGUGUGGUGAAGGAGAUAAUUAUUGCAAUCACACUUGGCUUCGCCGCAGGUGGUUUAUGGAAGAUGCAUCAUUGGAAUGAGCAGAGGAAAACAAGGGCAUUCUAUGAUUUGCUGGAGAAAGGUGAGAUCAGCGUAGUUGCAGAAGAAUGAAGAUCCCAGAUUUUCUGGAAUGAUUCCACCGAAGAAUAAAGAUUCCAUUUUCUGUGAUUGAAUAUUCCAUCAUUACUUUGGCAACUCAGUAAUUGAUUAUCCAGUUAGUUGGCUUUGAAUCUGAAACGAGCACACUGGGCUUGGGAUUUGGAAAAUAAAUUGAUUGUUGAUCAUGUUUGCUGGAUUAAUGCUUUGGAUACCCUAAAAGAUUUCCGAUUUUUGCUUUCAAUA